AUGAUUCUUAGAUUCAGAUCCCAGGAAGGCAUGCACCGCGUUGAGUGCACUGAAGUGGACAAAUUCGAUAUAGUUUUGGGCAAGUUAGCACGCAUGUUGAGUCCCGAGAUGGACCUCAGUACUUUAGUGUUGGGCGUGCAGCCCAAUCAGAUGGAACUCGCUAAUGAUAUGUGUGAGAGAACUGUUGGAGAGCUUGGAUUCAAGCAUGGUAUGCUUUUAAAUGUGGCGUACAGCAAGAGACCGAGCUCCAAAUCAGUGCCAGAUCAGGUUACAGGUCUGCCUGUUCGAGGAGAGAGUGUGAAGAUAAAAGCAGCUAAUGUUUCUGGGCCCUUGGACGUCAAAGAAUUGCCAGUCGACGAGCAAUUGGAAAAGUUAAAUGGGCUGAUAGCCAGAACACGUUCUUCUCUGUGCAAACAUGGCGAUAAGGGGAUGUGCGAAUAUUGUAGCCCGCUUCCACCUUGGGACCGAGGCUACCAGAAAGAACACAAUAUAAAGCAUAUUUCCUUCCACGCGCACCUCAAACAGCUCAACGAACAGACCAACAAGAGGUCAAGUGCGGGCUCUUAUGUUCCUCCUCUUUCACAACCAGAUUUUCGCAUCAAUAAAAACUGUUCGGGCGGACACGAGCCAUGGCCGCGUGGGAUUUGCUCCAAAUGUCAACCUUCGGCAAUCACCCUGAAGCAACAGGAGUUUAGAAUGGUAGACCAUGUUGAAUUUCAAACAAGUGAUCUGAUUAACGAAUUCAUAGACAGCUGGAGGAGCACGGGAACGCAGCGCUUUGGUUACAUCUAUGGCAAAUACGCGGCCUAUGACGCUACCCCUCUUGGAAUAAUUGCCAAGGCAGAGGCCAUUUACGAGCCCCCUCAACACGAUGAACAAGAUGGGCUAACCAUGGAUAUGGCCAUGGUGGAAGAGGAAAUGCGUAAGAUUGAUGUGAUCGCUCUCGAGUUGGGUCUCGCUCGCAUUGGCAUGAUUUACACAGACUUGACGGAUGCCCGAAAUGGAGACGGGUCGGUUUUUUGCAAGCGUCAUAAGGAUUCUUUCUUUAUGUCGUCGUUGGAGGUCAUCAUGGCUGCCCGGCACCAGAUGAAAAAACCAAAUAUCUGCAAGUUCAGCGAGCAGGGGAUCUACUCCUCAAAAUUUGUCACCUGUGUUGUCUCCGGAAAUACCCAAGGCGAAAUCGACAUCUCGACGUAUCAGGUUUCCACCGAUGCGGAAGCUCUAGUCGAGGCAGACAUGAUAAGCGCAUCGACACACCCUUCGAUGACAUUCAUUAACGAGACAAACAAAGAUCGCUACGUACCGGAGCUUUUCUACAUGAGGACCAACGAAUAUGGACUUGUGGUGAAGGAGAACGCCAAACCCGCGUUCCCGGUGGACUACUUGCUGGUAUCAUUGACUCACGGGUUCCCUACUGCCGAUGCGCCAACCAAACCAACUUUCGCUAGUACCACCGGGUUUCCUUGGACUAAUCGCCAGAUGUUGGGCCAAUCUCAGGAUUACGCGCAGUUGAAAACUUACCUGUACGCAGCUGCCACCUCUGGUGAUUUCGAUCUGUUGCUCAAAAAGCUUUCCAAUUUCCACUUGCUCCUAUACAUCAAUUCACUACAAAUUUUGGGUACCAAAGAGUGGGGAUUGCUUUGCCAUGCAGUAACAAUGAAUGAGCAAAGUGCUCUAUAUCAGCUAAUAGACUCCCCGGAGUGGCAGACGUUGAUUAUGAUUCUGCAAGAAUCUGCUUAG